CAACUGCACAAACCUCUCCUUGUCUAACAAAAACUUUUCCAAAAAAGCAAAGAAAUUUCUGAAGCUCUGUUACCAUUUUUGCAUUGCCAACAUUGAAGCUCUCUCUCUCUCUCUCUCUGAAUUGAAGACCAAAGGAGAAGAUCGAAGAGCUCUGCAUCAAAACUCAAACAUGACUUUCGCAAAGCUCGAUGAUUCGCCAAUGUUCCGCCAGCAGUUGCAAGGCUUGGAAGAAGGGGCAGAGGCAUUGAGGGGAAGGUGUUCUAAGUUUUACAAAGGAUGUCGAAAGUACACAGAAGGGCUUGGAGAAGCAUACGAUGGGGAAAUUGCUUUUGUAACUGCCCUUGAAACUUUUGGGGGAGGGCAUGGUGAUCCUAUUUUUUCAGCAAUGGGGGGCCAUAUCAUGACGAAUUUCACAAUUGCAUUGAGAGAAAUCGGAACAUACAAGGAAGUUUUGCGGUCACAGGUAGAGCACAUGCUAAAUGAUAGGCUGCUGCAAUUUGUAAAUGUUGACCUCCAAGAUCUCAAGGAAGCCAGAAAGCGUUUCGACAAGGCUUCACUUAUAUAUGAUCAGGCACGUGAGAAGUUUCUGUCAUUGAGGAAGAGCACUAGGCUGGAUAUAGCUGCUAGUAUAGAGGAGGAACUGAAUAAUGCAAGAUCCUCAUUUGAGCAAGCCCGCUUCAACCUGGUUACUGCUCUCUCUGAUAUUGAGGCCAAAAAGAAGUUUGAGUUUCAGGAAGCUGUUAGUGGGGUGAUGGAUGCUCAUCUUCGUUACUUCAAACAGGGAUAUGAGCUACUGCACACAAUGGAACCCUAUAUUCAUCAGGUUUUGGAGUAUGCACAACAUACGAGAGAAAGUGCCAACCAGGAACAGAUAUCGCUUAAUGAAAGAAUAGUAGAGUACAGAAGGCAGAUUGAUAGGGAAAGUAGGCAGUCCUUACGUGGUGUUCAUGGUUCUUUUAGUGGAGAUGGUAUGCAGACUUUGGCUAGAAGAUCAAAUAAACUGAUAGAGGAAGUGAUGCAAUCUGCUGCAAAGGGGAAGAUUCAAACCAUUCGUCAAGGAUAUCUCUCAAAACGGUCCUCCAAUUUGAGAGGCGACUGGAAAAGAAGGUAUUUCAUUCUUGAUAGUCGAGGGAUGCUGUAUUACUAUCGCAAACCAUGGAACCGGUCAUCUUCUUCUCCACAGAAGAAUAAUUCCUCCGACUAUGGCUCUGGGAUUUUGAGUCGAUGGCUUUCUUCCCACUAUCAUGGUGGUGUACAUGAUGAAAAAUCUGUUGCACGUCACACUGUGAACUUGCUGACAUCAACAAUUAAGGUUGAUGCAGACCAGACAGACUUAAGAUUCUGCUUCAGGAUUAUAUCACCUUUAAAAAUUUACACUUUGCAGGCAGAGAAUGCACUCGACCAAAUGGAAUGGAUUGAGAAAAUCACUGGAGUAAUUUCUUCAUUAUUGAGUUUCCAGGCACCUGAGAGGCAGCGUCUGUUAGCUAGCUCUAUGGGUAGCGACGGUCAUUUCUCUGCAAGCGAGAGCAAUUCAUUAGAAAGUUAUCCUGAUGUUGAUCAGACAGCUAUUCAGGACCAGUCACCAAAAAUAUUCACUAAUAAUUAUUUGCGUACCUAUAGAAGUUUGCAACCGCAUAAGCCGAGUGUGAAAACUGAGAAGCCAAUUGAGAUAUUGAGAAGAGUACGUGGUAAUGACAAGUGUGCUGAUUGUGGGGCACCUGACCCAGAUUGGGCAUCCUUAAACCUUGGUAUUCUUAUUUGCAUUGAAUGUUCUGGUGUUCAUCGCAAUCUUGGUGUACAUGUAUCAAAGGUUAGAUCACUGACACUUGAUGUGAAAGUAUGGGAACCGUCUGUCUUAAUCUUGUUUCAAUCACUGGGGAAUACUUAUGCAAACUCGAUUUGGGAGGAGAUGUUGCCUUCAAAAAGUACUUCACAGGCUGAUGAUAUUCUUACUGGUUUUUUCAAGUCUGAUAGAAAUUCAAUUGAUCAAUCUCUUAUGACAAAGCCCUGUUAUGAUAAUCUGAUUUCAGUAAAGGAGAGAUUUAUUCAAGCAAAGUAUGCAGAAAAACGUUUUGUUCGCCCCAGAAAGAUCAGUCAGAAACUCCACCCUGUGGAGCAACAGUUGUGGAAAAGUGUCUGUACUAAUGACAAGCAAGCUGUUUACCGCUAUAUUGUCAGCUUUGAAGCUGAUAUUAAUGCUGUAUGUGGGAAAGCAUUAUGUGAUAAUUCAAUGGACAAGCCUUCCUCAAGUAAUUCAAAUUUAUCAAGUAGAAGUGAAGAUCGCCUCAUAGAAAACAUCCCUGAGGGUUGUUCCCUGCUUCACCUAGCCUGCCAAAUUGCUGAUAUUGGCAUGGUGGAGCUACUUUUACAGUAUGGUGCAAAUAUAAAUGCUUCUGAUUCAAAAGGCCAAACGCCACUCCAUUAUUGUGUUAUGAGAGGGAAUCCUGCUAUUACAAAGAUGCUUCUCAUGAGAGGAGCAGAUCCUCAAGCCACUGACAGAGAAGGUAAAACACCAUGUAAGCUUGUAUCAGAGUCAGCCUUGAAUGACAAUGGGAUGCUUUCUAUGCUGACAAACUCAGGCAGAUGAUGGUUCAAAUGAGAGGAGAAAUUAUUUAUAGCGUAAGGAACAUGAGUACAGAUUAAAAAUAUGGGAUUAAUCCCUCUUCAUAGAUGUAGAUUAGUUCAGUUUUGUGGCUUGAGGUAAAUAUAGGAAAUUUGAUUUGUUUUUACGUGCUCAUGCACUUUUCUUCAUUUGCUUUCCUGUAUAGAAUUUUAGGAGGUUAGUAGCAAAUUCUUCUGUUGGUGUAUAUACGAUUUCGAAUGCAUUUCUGCCAGGGAAAAGAACCAGUGCGUGCAAAAAAUAUGUGAACCAUACCUCUGUCUCGAAGUGCUGAGGUUGAAUUUGGGUUGUAAAGUUAAAUUAUGAAUUUAGAUUUGCUUCUUUAAGUUCUUGAUACUUGAUAGGUUAUCUGUCUACUAUGUAUGCUGAUUAACUUUUCCAUGUUUUUAAUAUCAAAUGAGAGGGAAGAGUUGAGCUUCA